AUGAGCAAAUUUGAAGUACAAUUGGCUAUAUUCAAACAAUCGCCACAAAGUUAUCAUUUGUAUCAAUUAAAAAAUCCCACAUCGAUAGAUGAACUCAUUUAUAAAUGUGGAUGGUCAACUGAUGAUGAUACGGAUCGUUUCAAAAAAGCAAUAGCUGAACUCAACGGUCCCGGAAUAAUUUUUGAAAAAAAGGCAAAAGAUGACAAUAUGUUAACCAUAAUUAUUUUUGCAAAUGGUUGUGAUCGAUCAUCAUCUCUAGAAUUAAAAUUGAUAGUGGAUUAUUUACUUGACAGAUCAAUGUCUUUUGUUUAUGCGCCCGAUCGUGAAAAACUGAGUCAGUACGUUUCAAUUGUUUGA